CACAUCUUUUUGAUUGCGAAGAAGAAGGAGAAGUGUCUUGAACGGUCAAUUUUGAUACUAACUCAGUUCACAGUAGACUGCCAAGAUGAGUGCUGCAGCUGCAUUUAGCGUGGUGACCAUUUUCUGGCUAAUAGUGGGUAUCGCUGGCCCCGUACUCGUCAAUUUCGUCAUGAAGAGAAGCCCCAACAAAGGAAUUGUACAGACCAUGCUGGUAACGACUGCAGUGUGCUGCUACCUGUUCUGGCUGUGUACGUUCUUGAGCCAGUACAAUCCCCUAACCGCUCCACAGCUCGAGAAGAAUAUAGCUUGUUUCAUCAGGCAACAGUGGGAUGGCGACUCAGAUAUUCGCUGCCCGAUGGAGGAGGAGUGAUGAUGACAUCCUAGCUAUGCUACCUCCUUCUGCCAGGAAACUAUCGUAGAUGAUGAUAUCAAAUGUGCCACUCGUUCUAGCACCAUUCCUAUGUGCGUCCGGCAUGCCUGAUACCUGUGAUUAGGUGACUGUCUCAAUUACGUGCUCACUGCCUGUGAGUGUAGGAGAGUUUGUAUAUUUGAUUCAACUGUGUAGAGGUGCCCUUGCCUGCCCGUGUGGUGCUGCUGCUGACCUGCUGUUUGCAAUAUAGAUAGUUCCGAAAUGUGUUUCCCCACUCCCACCACGAAACUUACGCCCUGCAUUGCAACAUUCCCGUAAAGGUUUGAAUUGAAAUUUUUUAUUUGCAGCUUCUAGUGUUUUACUAUUGCCUUGUAUAUUUAUAGUAUUGGCAUUGGUACUGCCAAAACUUGCUCCUUUUGAUCUUCAUGAAGCUCCCAUGGAGGUUUUAUGUGAAUAGACUCGUCUCGUAUUUUGCAACUGUCGCCUUUUCCAUAUUUUCUUCUUGUUGCUCUUCUUGCUAUGCAUGGCAGUAAGCUGGUCUUUGCCAGUGAGUGUACAACAUUAUGUAAAUUUUACAAACGGAAGUAUGGCAAUGUUAGUACCCGUAUGGGCAUUUGUCUUGUG